UGAGUCAUUAUCGAUAGUGAACAAAUGAAAUACGGCAACGUCACGCAUUCAUGAAGUUGUUGAAGUGAAUUGUGAAUAGUCAUUCGGCGUUUUUGAAAAAUUUGUAAAUUUAUUAAUUGAAUCUUUAUUUUCUACAAAAUAUGGCUGAUAACAAAAGCCCCGAUGAUCUUUCCACUGCAAUCCUCCGCCGCAAGGACAGGCCAAACCGUUUGAUCGUCGAAGAGGCCGUCAGCGAUGAUAAUUCAGUUGUUGCGUUAUCACAGGCUAAAAUGGAACAGCUCCAACUGUUCCGCGGUGACACAGUGCUCCUGAAGGGCAAGCGGCGUAAGGAGACGGUCUGCAUCGUUCUGUCAGACGACAACUGCCCUGAUGAAAAGAUACGCAUGAACCGCGUUGUGCGAAACAAUCUUCGGGUGCGGCUCUCCGAUGUGGUGUCCAUCGCCCCCUGCCCUUCAGUCAAGUACGGAAAACGUGUACACAUUCUGCCGAUUGAUGAUUCCGUUGAAGGUUUGACUGGAAACCUAUUCGAAGUAUAUCUAAAACCGUACUUCAUGGAGGCAUACCGCCCCAUCCAUCGUGACGAUACAUUUAUGGUGCGAGGUGGCAUGCGUGCCGUCGAGUUCAAAGUGGUCGAGACUGAUCCCGCUCCAUACUGUAUCGUUGCCCCCGAUACAGUUAUACACUGCGAGGGAGAGCCGAUUAAACGAGAGGAGGAGGAAGAAGCGCUGAACGCGGUGGGCUACGACGACAUCGGCGGGUGCCGCAAACAGCUGGCGCAGAUCAAGGAGAUGGUGGAGCUGCCGCUGCGCCACCCCUCGCUGUUCAAGGCGAUCGGCGUGAAGCCGCCCCGCGGGAUUCUCAUGUACGGGCCCCCGGGGACGGGCAAGACCCUCAUAGCCAGGGCCGUGGCUAAUGAGACCGGCGCGUUCUUCUUCCUCAUCAACGGGCCGGAGAUCAUGUCGAAGCUGGCCGGCGAGUCCGAGUCGAACUUGCGCAAAGCGUUCGAGGAGGCGGACAAGAACUCGCCCGCCAUCAUCUUCAUCGACGAGCUGGACGCGAUCGCGCCCAAGCGGGAGAAGACGCACGGCGAGGUGGAGCGCCGCAUCGUGUCGCAGCUGCUCACGCUUAUGGAUGGCAUGAAGAAGUCGUCGCACGUGAUUGUGAUGGCGGCGACGAACCGGCCGAACUCGAUCGACCCGGCGCUGCGCCGCUUCGGGCGCUUCGACCGCGAGAUCGACAUCGGCAUUCCCGACGCGACCGGCCGCCUCGAGAUACUGCGCAUACACACCAAGAACAUGAAGCUCGGCGACGACGUCGACCUCGAGCAGAUCGCGGCCGAAUCGCAUGGUCACGUGGGCGCUGACUUGGCGUCUCUGUGCUCUGAGGCUGCGCUGCAGCAGAUCCGCGAGAAGAUGGACCUCAUCGACCUCGAGGACGACCAGAUCGACGCGGAGGUGCUCAACUCCCUCGCCGUCUCGAUGGAUAACUUCCGUUACGCGAUGACGAAGUCGUCCCCGUCGGCGCUGCGCGAGACGGUGGUGGAGGUGCCCAACGUGACGUGGACGGACAUCGGCGGGCUGCAGAGCGUCAAGCGCGAGCUGCAGGAGCUGGUGCAGUACCCGGUGGAGCAUCCGGACAAGUUCCUCAAGUUCGGCAUGCAGCCCUCGCGCGGCGUGCUCUUCUACGGCCCGCCCGGCUGCGGUAAGACAUUGUUGGCCAAAGCCAUCGCCAACGAGUGCCAAGCCAAUUUCAUCUCAGUGAAGGGCCCCGAGCUGCUCACGAUGUGGUUUGGUGAAUCUGAGGCUAACGUGCGCGAUAUCUUCGACAAGGCGCGCAGCGCGUCCCCGUGCGUGCUGUUCUUCGACGAGCUGGACUCCAUCGCGAAGUCGCGCGGCGGCUCCGUGUCGGACGCCGGCGGCGCCGCCGACCGCGUCAUCAACCAGAUCCUCACCGAGAUGGACGGCAUGGGCGCCAAGAAGAACGUCUUCAUCAUUGGCGCCACGAACCGGCCCGACAUAAUCGACCCGGCGAUCCUGCGGCCGGGGCGUUUGGACCAGCUGAUCUACAUCCCGCUGCCGGACGAGAAGUCGCGCGAGGCCAUCCUGCGCGCCAACCUGCGCAAGUCGCCCAUCGCCAAGGACGUCGACCUCUCCUACAUCGCUAAGGUGACGCAAGGGUUCAGCGGCGCCGACCUGACGGAGAUCUGCCAGCGCGCGUGCAAGCUCGCCAUCCGGCAGGCCAUCGAGGCCGACAUCACGCGCGAGCGCGGCCGCGCCGCGCAGCCCGCCGGCAUGGACAUGGACGAGGAGGACCCGGUGCCGGAGAUCAGCCGCGCGCACUUCGAGGAGGCGAUGAAGUUCGCGCGCCGCUCCGUCUCCGACAACGACAUCCGCAAGUACGAGAUGUUCGCGCAGACGCUGCAGCAGAGCCGCGGCUUCGGGACCAACUUCAGGUUCCCGUCGAGCGGCGGCGCGGCGGGCGGCACGGGCACGUCGGGCGGCGACCAGCCCACCUUCCAGGAGGAGGCCGGCGACGACGACCUCUACAGCUAGGCGCGCACACACGCGCACGCGCACACACACGCGCACGCGCACUUGUGUCGCACAUGCACUACGCCGGGACGGGGACUGCGAUGUGACCGCUUUAUACGUCCGAAUGACCGAUUUAAAUUCCUCUAUAUUCACAUGCUAAUUUUAUUAUUCGGUCUGUUAUGGACUAGGUCUUUAUUAUAAAUUCACACUGUUGAGUAAAAUGUCAUUGCAAAUAUUAAACUGCUUACAGAAUAUGUUGUACUUCUAAAAUUCAUUUAAUUGUUUACAUGACGCAAUGGGAUGUUAUAAAAUUUUAUAAGUGCAUUGUGGUACAAGUGUACGUUGCAAGUUCCGGUUUAUAUCUAAAUUGAACGAUACAAUAAGACCAAAUAUAUGUGACUCGAAUGUCUCUUAACGGAUAUUUCUAAACCGCAGGUUCGGAAACAUUACAUUAAACACGUAAAACAUUUUAUUUCAUUGCAUCGUUCAGUUUGGAGCAGUCGUAGUGCGGUCGCGAAGCGGUUUUCAGUUUUAGGACUGAGUUUAUUGUAAUUUAAGAAUUAUUCAGUAAUUGUAUGGGUCUUGGAAUGUCACGAUGCAGCAAAAUUAUCCAAAAAGCGGCGCAAACAGAAAGCGCCGAGAAAUCCUUACUUUAAUGUAUUUAUUUAAGGUUGCUUUGGAUUAGUCUAAUUGUUUGUGAGGUAUGUUACAUUUGAACACAUUGAUUGUUGUUACCUGUAAUGGCAGAUCGUGUGCGUAGCCGUCGCUUGUCGACAUUACACAGUAUCGCAGUGAUUUUUUAAUAAAAGAUUUUUAUAGAUCUAAA